AUGAGCACUGAGGGUACGUUGGAAGAGUGUACGAUCAGAAUUCAGACAUUGUUGAGGGAUAAGUUGAAAGUGGAUAGUAAAGUGUGGCAGGUAAGAAGAAGUGGUAGAGUUUUGAUAGCGAGGCUAGAAAUGAAGAGAAAGGUCAUGAAAAGUAAGAGAAUGUGUGAAACAUGGAUAGAGGAAAAGGACUGGAGGAAAGGUAAAGGUAGGGCAAGUGGUGGGAUAAUAAUAGGAAAAAGGACAGAUUGGAAAGAGGAUGAGGAGGAAGUAACAAGGAUACAGAUCACGGGUAUAGACAUGGCACAGGUAAAGUUGGUUUUAGAAGACGUGACAUUAAAUAUCUUUACAGUAUAUAAUAAGAAUAAGGACAAGAAUAAGGACAAGAAUAGUGGUGGUAGAAGGAACAAGAAUAAGGACAGGAGGGAGGGGUUAGAGGAUUCAUUUAGGAGAAUAGAGGAGAUUUGUGAGGGAGAAGGAAUCAUUAUUGGUGGGGAUUUUAAUAUACGAAUAGGAGAAUUAGGAAGUAAUGGAGAGGAAGAAUAUGAAACUGUGCGAAAAAUGAACGAUUUUAUAAAAGAUAGGAUAGAAGAAUUUAAUAUAGAGGAAAGGGUGGACUCAGACCAUACCCCGCUAAAGGUGAGGAUUCAGCUUGCGGAAGAAGAGGAGGAAGAAAGAAGAGGAGCAGAGGAAAAGGAGAACAAGACAGAAGAGGCAGAGGACGGGUCUAGGAAAUAUGUUUGCUGGGACGAAGAGGCAAGAAGGAUAUACAAUGAGUUAACGGAAGAAGAAGAAGAAGAAGAAGAAGAGGUGGAUAAGGGUUCAGGGUGCGAAACAACUGAGGAAAAAUGGAGGAAAUUAAAGGAUCGGGUGUUGGAGAGCCUGGUAUACAAGAAAAUAGGAAAAGGCAGGAAGAGAAACAUGGGAUACAAGGAUUGGUGGGACAAGGAUUGUACGAGGAAAAAAAGAGAAGUGAAGAGAAAUUAUAGGAGAUGGCGGAGAGAGAUGAGAACUAAAGAAGAGUUUUUGGUAAGCAGGAGAGAAUUUAGAGAGCUCCUGGAGCAGAAUAAAUGA